AUGGUUAUGACUACUCUGCUGUGCAUAAGUGUUGACUGUUCAGAUAACGUAUUCGAUCAGCUGUGCACAAAUGAAACAAUUUAUGAGAAUGUUAUGUCUGGCCUCGUCGAUUCAGCCCUAUCCGGAUUUAACACCGCUGUCUGCGCCUAUGGACAAUCUGGUGCAGGCAAAACGCAUACACUAACUGGUUCGGAAAAUGAGGACGGCCUUGUGCAGAACACAUUUCGUGCUCUGCUGGAAACUAUUUCUCGGGCGAAUGAGAGGAAGUAUAUGCUGCGGAUAUCGUACAUUGAAAUAUACAAUGAACGAAUUCGGGAUCUCCUGAACGAUAGCGCAAGCGACUUGCCUAUCUACGAAAACAAGGAUGGUGUCGCUCAAAUAGAAGGACUGAAGGAAGUUGUGGUCACAGAGAAAGCACAGGUCGAAGAAUUACUUGAGAAAGCACAAGAAAGGCGACAACUUGCUGAAACUUGCUUGAAUGAGAGGAGUUCUAGAUCACACACUAUCAUCAGGCUGACGAUAGAAUCUCACGAU